ACGCCACACAAGUCAACAAUCCCCGAAUCCAUUUAGAAAAUUCAAACAGCUCAUCGAUUUCAAUCCCCCUUCCAUCCCAAACUCAUUCUAUAUACUCCUCAGUCCCUUCCUCCAAACUCUGAAACCAGCCGGAAAGUCGACAAAGGUAUUCGUUCCUCGGAGGCAGUCGAUAUGGCCCUGUCCCCGGCGGUCGUGAAGAAGGUCCUCCUGUCCUAUGCCUAUGUGGCAAUAUGGAUCUUUCUGUCGUUCAGCGUGAUCGUGUACAACAAGUACAUCCUCGACCGGAAGCUCUACGACUGGCCGUAUCCGAUCUCCCUCACGAUGAUCCACAUGGCCUUCUGCUCCUCCCUCGCAUACCUCCUCAUCAACGUCUUCAAGGUCGUCGAGCCAGUGUCAAUGUCCCGGGAGCUCUACCUCAAGUCGGUCGUCCCCAUCGGGGCGCUGUACUCCCUUAGCCUUUGGUUCUCCAACUCCGCCUAUAUCUACCUUUCCGUGUCGUUCAUCCAGAUGCUCAAGGCUCUUAUGCCCGUGGCCGUGUACUCUAUCGGGAUUUUGUUCAAGAAGGAUACUUUUCGGGCUAAUGUGAUGGCUAACAUGGUCUCCAUCACGGUUGGAGUCGCGAUUGCCGCCUAUGGCGAGGCCAAGUUCGACCUUUUCGGGGUGCUCCUCCAGCUUGGGGCCGUGGCCUUCGAGGCCACCCGGCUCGUCCUGAUCCAAAUCCUGCUCACCUCUAUGGGCAUCAAACUUAAUCCGAUCACAUCCCUCUACUAUGUCGCCCCCUGCUGCCUAGUCUUCCUAUCGAUCCCGUGGGCAAUUAUGGAAUUCCCCAUCCUGAGGCAGACCUCGAGCUUCCACUUCGACUUCUUCAUCUUCGGGACGAACGCGCUUUGCGCCUUCGCAUUGAACCUCGCGGUCUUCUUGCUUGUCGGGAAGACGUCCGCCCUCACGAUGAAUGUGGCGGGCGUAGUCAAAGACUGGCUUUUGAUUGCUUUCUCGUGGUCAGUGAUUAAGGACACUGUGACCCCAAUCAAUCUGUUCGGGUACGGGAUCGCGUUCUUGGGCGUGGCCUAUUAUAACCACGCUAAGCUGCAGGCUCUCAAGGCCUCGGAGGCGAACCAGCAAGCAAAGGGCCCCCAGCAAGACGAUGAGGAGGUCGGGAAGCUCUUGGAGGUGAAAGACAGUGAGAAGAGCCAAUCGCAGGGUUGAUCUCGCCAAACUUAUCGAUUAUAUUGCAGGUUCUUAAUGUGAUGAUCGAAACACCAAAGUUGUUCUGGAUCUUUCAGCAGAUAGCAAACUGCAAGAGACCAGAUUCUGCUGAAGCAAUCCAUUGGAGAGUCAACAAGGCAAGAACCGGAAGAAAUUGACCUGCCUCUCCUGUUUCUUUCUUUUUUUCUUUCUCUAUUUAGUUGUUAUUUAAGUGGCUGUCGUGUCGUGAUCUCUUUUAGUCAUUCAAGAGAAACACUGCCAAGAUUAGGAAUUAUAUUAUUAUGUUAGGAUUAGGACUGCUUAUAUAUAUAUAUACAUAUAUAUAUAUAUAUCAUAUUUUAUAUUAUACAGAAAAUGUGCACGAUGUGCACACUCUUUGGCCCUCAAGGAUUGCUGAAUUUUCAGUAGUUGGAGCAAUGUCCCUGUCUUCAGAGCACUAAAUGGCACACGUAUGGCAAUACUCAAAUGUUCAAUCAUGGAAA